AUGUCGCGCACUCCCUCGAGCCGGGCGAAGAAGACUCCCUCGGCGCAGGGAAGUGCGAGUAAGAGCCCUCUCAAGACGCCGAAGGACAAGACGCCAUCGAAGCGGCUCAACCCCCUCGGUGCGGCGGACACGAAUGCCGAGGAAGGCUCACCGACACCGAAAGGCCGCACGAAGCGGUUCGCGGACAGUCUCGAGGCGGUCUCGCGAGCGACCCCGAAACGUACGCGAGGGAACAGUGCACUUCCCUCCUUCGAUGAUGACGUGUUCGGCAGUGGUUCUCCCGCGGCUGGUUCUCCAAUGAGCCGGGAGGCUUUCCGCGCCAACGAGCGACUGAAGCGACAGCGUGAGGCCCGCAACUUCGUGUUCGAGGGCGACGCCAACGCGCCCAGACAAACUAGAUCGGGAAGGGUCGUCGAAACGGUUUCUCACGACUACGGCGAGGACGCAACGGACGAGAGUGCCGAGGAGCAAGAGGAGGUGGUUGUCGUCGACGAACCCGUACCGCAACCGAUCACGCACGCCGCGCGACCUCUGCUCCCGCAGGCGAGGAAGCGCAUUGUAGAAGUCCUCGCGACGCUGAACGGACGUUUGACGGAGCCAGAAGACUCGGAGGCGCUGACUGGUCUCGUGGCACUGUUGAGCGGAACGGUGAUCCGCGGUGAGGGCAACAGCUGCCUCGUGACCGGCCCCAGAGGUUCGGGAAAGACAAGAAUCGUCGAAGCGGCCCUUCGCCGGCUACCCGCCGAGUCUGCCCCUAUCGUGGUCCGCCUCAGUGGCCUGGCGCAGACGGACGACCGACGCGCAAUCCGCGAAAUGGGCCGACAGAUCGCUUUCGCGGAAGGCCAAGCCGAAGCAGCCGAGGACGAGGACGAGAUGCCUGACGACUAUGCGCCGACGACUCUCCCGGCACACCUUCUUGCGCUCCUGACUGCUGCGAGCGAGCGCGCGAUCAUCAUUGUGGUGGACGAAUUCGACCUGUUCACGGAACACGCGCGCCAGGCGCUACUGUACUGUCUCUUGGACGUCGUGCAGUCUGUGCAAGCCGGACAAGGACGAGGUAUCGCCGUUGUCGGCGUCACAAGCAGGGUGGACACGCUGCUGCUGCUGGAGAAGCGUGUCAAGUCACGUUUCUCACACCGUGUCUGGCGCGUUGAGUCGCCCCUGGCGCGCAUGCCAAACCCGACGCUCGAGGGCGACGAGGAGGGGAAGAAGGAGCCGACAUGGCGGCCGGUGCUCAUGAAAGCACUCGUGCCGUGGCUGGACUCAGACGAGCCCGCGCCAAAGAAGCAGACGGCGCAGGAGCAGGAGUUUGCGGCCUGGAAGGAGGACUGGGAGUUCGCCGUCGGCAUGCUGCUCGAGAACGAGGAGGUGGUGGCCGCGCUCGACCGUCUUUCAAAUCUGACGACCGAUGUGCGUCUGCUCUUCCGCCCAUUCGUCACCCCCGUCUGCGGCAUUCUGGCGAGCAGGGCAGACUUCCUCGCCGUUCCUGAGAUCCUGUCCAGCAUCCGGAAUCAGGUGGAGCAGAGUGGCUGGUCGUUAGGCGGCACACAGCGCCGAAUCCCGCCGCCGACACCGUCCUCGGCCGCCUCCUCCGUUCCUAAUACACCCUCGUCCUCCGCCCCAAUGACUCCGGGCACCCCACGCACGCCCUCGACGGCCAACUAUGGGGUACCCGCCACGCCCUCCAAGAACGCGCCGAUGGGUGCGGGCUCGUCCGGCGCUCUCGCGAAGCUGCGGUCUCUUCCUCACCCCGCGCUGACCGUGCUCAUCAUCGCGAAGCACAUGCUCUACACCGGACGGCCCGAGUUCACCUUCGCGCAACUGCACGCCGAGUACGAGAAGUUUGCGCGCGUGCGUCUCGUCGGUGUCGGCCGCACUAGAUGGACCAUGGAUAUCCUGAAGCUCGCUUGGCAGCAGUGCAUCCGCCUCGGACUGCUGCAGCCGGCGGGCCCGCAGGGGCAGAGCGCGCGCUUCAACAAGAUGCGCAGUGCGCUGGCCGCGUUCGAGAUUGUCGCAUUCUUCCGUGCCGGAGGCGGGGAGGGCAUGGGCGUAGAGCUCGUGGGAUGGGGACGACUGGCGGGAGGCCACGCCUAG